ACAAGCAAGAUAAUUUGACCCCUACCCCUGCACUCACCAUCUAUUUUCUCUCUCCCUCUCUCUCUUUAGGGUUUUUCACUUAGCUACUAGUCUACUUGACCAAAGAUCACUUCCAUCACAAAGAAGAGAAGAAAAAGAAAAAAAAGGUAAGAGAAAAUAUUUCAGUUACUUCCUUGCAACAACAACAAAAUAAGAAAUGAAACAAGAUUUUGUUAAAUUUUUUCUUUAAAAGAUUUGGUUAACUCCAAAAGAGUGAUUAAGUUUUGAUAAAUAUUCCCUCUAUUUAAUUUCCCUUCUACUUCCUCUUUUUGCCCUUUAUAUUAUAAUUAUGUGUAGUUUACCUUGUUCUUGAUUUUUUUUUUCAAGUUAGGAGAAGGAAGUUGACCAUAAUUGGAAUGAGCACAAGAGCAAUAUUAUUACAAGAGAGAUCAUCAUGACAUGGUGCAAUGAAUCAAAUGAUCAAGAAUCACUCCAAAUUAUCAAAGUUCCAUUAGAGGAAAAAAGUGUUAUAGUCACCUCAACAUUAGUUGACCAUCAAGUUAGAAAAAUAAUCUGUCCUUCAUGUGGCCAUAACAUAGAGCUUCAAGAUCAGAGGGGAAUACAUGAUUUGCCUGGUCUACCAGCUGGAGUGAAGUUUGAUCCUUCGGAUCAAGAAAUUCUUGAGCAUUUGAAAGCAAAAGUCUUUUCAGAUACCCAUAAUAUUCAUCCUCUUAUUGAUGAAUUCAUUCCAACCAUUGAUGGAGAAAAUGGAAUUUGCUACACUCAUCCAGAGAAGCUACCAGGAGUGAACAAGGAUGGUCAAGUGCGUCACUUUUUUCACAGGCCUUCAAAGGCAUACACAACAGGAAAUAGAAAAAGGAGAAAAAUUCAUAUAGACAGUACUCAUGAUGAUGAUAGUGGUGAAACAAGAUGGCACAAAACAGGAAAAACUAGGCCAAUUUUUACAAGUGGAGAUUUAAAAGGUUACAAGAAGAUUUUGGUACUCUACACAAAUUAUGGGAGGCAAAGGAAACCUGAAAAAACAAAUUGGGUAAUGCACCAAUAUCACUUAGGUGAUAAUGAAGAAGAAAAAGAUGGUGAAUUGGUGGUUUCAAAAGUUUUUUACCAAACACAGCCUAGACAAUGUGGAUCAAGUAUUAAAGAAUCACUCAACAAGUCACCAAGAAUAUCAUUAAACAGGCAAGAUCAUAGUCCCAUUAUAAAAACCCCAGAUUUUAUUGAUUAUUAUAAUCAUCCUCCUUUUAUUUCAUACCAUGUUGGGAGCCAAAACUGUGAUAGCUCAUCUAUUUUUAAUGUACCUUCAAAUUCAAGGGAACAAUGAGGAAGUUAUAAGGAAGAGAUAUUAAUAUUAGUAAUUUAAACAUUGAAAAGAACAAUAAUUUGGGUGGAGGAAUAAGAGUUGUUACCUGUAACCAAAUAGAUGUGUAGUUUCCUUUUACUUAUGAAAAAUUAGAGAGAUGUGAGCAAUGAUAUUAGCUUAGGACCUUUUUUUGUUUUUUUGUUUUUCCUGUUUCUAAGGUAGUGAAUAGUGUUCAUUGUUUAUACUUGUUAUUGAUGAGUUAUGUACUUAAAAUGUAAUGUGAACAUUAAUGACUUAUUUUAUUACUUUUGAGAAUUUCAUCA